CACAGAUGGAAACGAGAAAAGCCCAACAGGCCAAAACCCACGUACCAACAACCACCCGAUGAAAGCAAUGCUGUGACUAUGCGGCGGUGCAAGCCAAGCAGCCGUCGCAGCACCUCCACCAGCAUCUCCGAUAUUCCUCUGUCACUUUCACAUCUCCAACAAUAUCAACACUUCCAUACUAUACUAUUCUCUCUUCCCAUUCAAGUCUCUCCCACCAUUUUCCAUCUCUUAUAAUUCUCUCAUGUUGUUUUUCCCUUUCUCCUCCUCUAACUUGUUCUUGCUGAAGCCUUUCAGUAUCUUCCAAUCUCAUAAUGUACGGUGACGAUCUGCUGUUAUCAUCUCUGAUCAAGAUCAAUUCUGAACCGUCCGAUCAGCCGUUACGCCUCGGCGGUCUGUUCCUUGGCGAUGGCGUUAUAUGUCCUUCAUUUGUUUCCUUAAUCUCGUCUAAGAUCAAAGUUCGUUCUUCUUCGUGUUAUUCGGCGAGUAAGUUAAGGUUUGAGGAUCGACGGCGCGGGAGUAAGGUGUACAAGGCAGGGUUGUUUUUAUCGGUGAGCUUGUCGAUAAAAGGGAGCGAAGAAGAAGCAGGUUAUGUUAAGGAAUCGCGAGAAAGUUCGGGGGAAAAUGGAGAGGAGAAGAAUUUGGAGGAGGAAAAUGCACUCGUUUUUGCGAAGCAGGAGAAGAAGAAGAAGGUCGAAUUGCGAUCAGGAUCAGCUGCUUUGAAUACCACCAAACAUCUAUGGGCUGGCGCUGUUGCUGCUAUGGUCUCAAGAACUUUUAUAGCACCUCUGGAGAGACUGAAGCUUCAGUAUGUAGUUUGUGGUGAACAGAGGGGCCUUUUCGAGCUCAUCAAGACAAUUGAGGCAGCUGAAGGAUUGAAAGGCUUUUGGAAGGGGAACUUUGUUAAUAUUCUUCGCACUGCUCCAUUUAAAUCAAUCAAUUUCUAUGCAUAUGAUACAUACAGAAACCAACUGCUGAAAUGGUCUGGGAAUGAGGAAGCCACAAAUUUUGAGAGGUUCCUUGCUGGUGCUGCAGCUGGAAUUACUGCAACCUUGUUGUGCUUGCCAAUGGAUACUAUAAGGACAAAGAUGGUAGCACCUGGUGGGGAAGCAUUGGGUGGUGUAAUUGGAACUUUCCGCCACAUGAUCCAGACUGAAGGGUUUUUUUCUCUUUAUAAGGGUUUAGCGCCCUCAAUAGUGAGCAUGGCACCUUCAGGUGCAGUUUUCUAUGGUGUUUAUGAUAUACUAAAGUCAGCUUACCUCCAUUCACCAGAAGGAAAGAAGAGAAUUCAGAAUUUGAAACAAGGCCAGGAACUGAAUGCAUUGGAACAACUGGAAUUGGGCCCCGUUAGAACAUUGCUUUAUGGGGCUAUUGCUGGCUGUUGCUCUGAAGCUGCUACAUAUCCAUUUGAAGUUGUAAGGAGACACCUUCAAAUGCAAGUUCGAGCAACAAAAAUGAAUGCAUUGGCAACAUGUGUCAAAAUAGUUGACCAAGGAGGUAUUCCUGCUCUUUAUGCAGGAUUAGUUCCCAGUUUAUUGCAGGUUUUACCAUCAGCUGCCAUAAGUUACUUCGUAUACGAGUGCAUGAAGAUUGUUCUCAAAGUGGAGUAGACAGAUAGAUUUAUUCUGCUUAUAUAACAGCUGGGAGGGGUUUUUGCUGAUGUUCUGUGAACCAUUAAUGAUGUUUAAUUGUGUUUCGUUGAAUUCCUUGAUCAAGUCUAAUCCACCUGUACAUUUUCUGACACAACACAACUGAAGGAAGAAGACAACCCUCCCCUCUAUGCUCAUUCAGCCCUUCCCUGGCUUUUUUCACAAGGAAAAGUUAAAAGAUCUUUUUGUUAUUUUCUGAAUGGUAGGGGAACAUCAAAUGGCCAUUUGCUUUUAACAAUUUAUAAUCAGCAAUGCCAAUGCUUUUACUCC